AUGGAUUUUCGAUUUAAUUUUUUUAUUGAUGAAAACGAGAACAAUGAAGCAGACACUCAUGAUGAGACAGAGCUGUGCUCUCCGAAACACAAGCAGGCAUCCACAGAGAAGAGCAAGCAAACUGCCACUGGUAACCAUCAAGAUGAGACAUCAAAGUUCUGCUUUAAGGCUGCCAAGGAGCAUGAUAUUCCUGAAGAUCUUAACAAACUCUUGGAAGAUAAAGUCCUGGAAACUGCAUCUGGGCUGUAUUAUGUGAAGAUGUCUGUAGUAGAAAUGAUGUGUUUGAAUGGUGCUGAUGAAGAAGGCAUCGUGUCUAAAAGUGUUUCUUCUCAUUCUGAUCUCAUCCCAGGAGUCUAUGAAGGAGGACUGAAAAUCUGGGAAUGCACCUUUGAUCUCAUGGACUACCUUUCUGAGGCUGAAGUACGGUUUUCUGGCAAGACCAUAUUGGAUCUUGGCUGUGGGGCUGGGCUGCUGGGAAUUGUCGCUUUAAGGGGUAAAGCUGAAAAAGUCCAUUUUCAGGACUACAACAGCACAGUGAUUGACAAAAUAACCUUGCCUAACAUAGUGGCUAAUUGUAUAAAUGAGUGCCAUGGAGAUGACAAUGAAAACAGCAAGCCCCCUUCAAAGAGGCCCAAGGUAGCAGAGUGCUUACCUGAUAUGCUCACCAAAUGCAGAUUCUUUUCUGGAGAGUGGUCUGCAGUCACCCAGCUUCUGUUAAGCAGCAACAAACCCUUUUCCAAGUAUGAUAUAAUCCUCACAUCUGAGACCAUCUAUAAUCCUGACUACUACAGUGCUUUGCAUGACACGCUGGCUCAGCUCCUGGAUACAAAUGGCUGUGUGUAUUUGGCAAGCAAAGUGCAUUACUUUGGGGUUGGUGGAGGUAUCUACCUCUUUGAGAAGUUUGUUGAAGAAAGAAAUGUGUUUAGGACCAGCAUGGUUAAAACAAUUGAUAAAGGACUGCAGCGAUGUAUUCUAGAAAUGGCCUUUAAAGGUUCCAGUUAA